AUGGCCUCCUUCAUGGAAGAGCUGUGGUCCAGCAUCUUCACGCCGGGCCCCACCCCGACACUAUUGAUCGCAACCAACGUCUCCUUUGCUGCCCUUCAGCUCCUUCUCUUCGUCCUCGGCCUGGCCACACAUAGCAUUCACUUCGUCGUGCUAUCGUUCCUCUGCGCGGGGCUGUGGUACUCGAUCAACUGGUUUUCGCAAGAGGUGCGCGCUGCGCAGGCAGCCCAGGAGGCGGAGAGGAAGAAGGAGGCCGAGACAGACGCCGAGCCCAUCGACGGGAAGAAGGAUUCCGGCACGGUGGACACUGCCGACAGCGAGACCGAGACAGAGUCCUUCGCAGGGCCAACGAAGGGUUCCAAAUCAUCAGCCGUCGCGACGGGCAGCAACCCUGCCUCGGCCAGACUGCAACCGACCGAGCGCGAUACCAAGAAGCGUUCCCGCACGGGCGGCGAUAGUUCUGGUUAUGGGAGCACUGACAGCGAGUGGGAGAAGGUGGAGGAUAAUAAGGCGUAA